AUGGCGUCGUUGCUUUUGCAUUUAGCCCCGGAGCGCGCAUUGGAGCAUGGUGCGCAGCACGAACAAGCGAAGCAGUUAGUCGAGCUGGCUGUGAUGAAUCAGGUGGAGGAUAGCGCGGUCCUGGGUCGGGAGAUUUAUAAGGUGCGUGCGAGGAGCAAGCGUACGAUUUACAUUCGCCUGCGCAGCGACCAGAAUACGGAGACCGUGUUGACUGCCCUGCAAGUUCUCGGGACUGCGCGUGCUUUGACAGAGACGGAGCACGCCCAGCAGGUUGCACAAGAUGAUGCAUUGAAAGCGGAACGAGCUGCGCAGGCUACGGUGGCAAGCGCCAGUCAUGCGAAGAUGCCAGAGAUGGUGGGCACGUUGAUGGGGUGGAUUGGAGAAGGUGCGUGGCUCCUGCACUCUGGCACGCCCGCGCAGACGUCGCUGACUAAGUUCGGCCGGAACUUCAAGCGACCUGGGUUCUUCCAUGAUGUGGACUCAGUGCUGGCUGGCUUCGAGCAGCCUCCGAAUCGGCGCAUGGAGGACCUGCGCAACAAGCUGCAAGAGCUACGAGUCUUUUGGAAAGCCACACAGGAAUGGGACAAGGAAGUGGAGAAACGUUUGCGCCAGUCGCCGGUGUUGGUUUGCGUUGCAGAUUUGCAGCGACAGGCUCGUGGCUCCUGCGUGAGGAUGGCAGAGUUGGUGCCUGCAGCCGGGCAGUACCAGCGCGUUAGACGAGUGACUUGGGGAAGACGAAAACUGCGAGACCUGGGUCCGAAGACUCGGAGACGUCCCUGGGCGGAGACGCAGGAUUUCUUUGGGGUGGAGAAUGGAAAGGUGGCGUGCAAUGGUCCCGUUUUCACAGCCCACUUCGGCUUGGCUGUUAUCUCAGCAGCGGCCACAAUACACAGCCAGCUCAUCUUUGACUUCUUUCGCCAAUCGCAUCACGUUCACCUCUCCGGCAUUGCCAUCGGAGCGCUGCACGAGACGGUGCCGCAGGCGGCGGUACAGGUGCUGGCCGGCCAGACGCUGGACGAAUGCAAGCGCGGCUGCGAGACGAGGGGAGGCUGUCGAGGCGUGGAGUACGACGCGGCAAAGAAACGCUGUGACCUUUGGAGCUCCGCCGUCGGCACGACGAACGCGGAGCCGUCGAAGCAAUCCACCCGUCCCGUCCCGACGAAGACCUCCGUGUCCGAGCCGUUCCGUUGGCCCCGCCAUGGCCACGGGCGAGAGCUUGGGCGAGUGCUGGAGGCCUUAGAUGAUCUCACGUGGACGGACGAGCGUCUGGAUCAGAUUCUGCGGGAGGCUGAUGCCAACCGCGACGGCAAGAUCCAAUACGGAGAGUUCGUCCGGUGGCUCUUCUCCGAUGGCAGCGGCCAGGCGGCGUUCUGUCGCACGGUGAAGGACCUGUCGAACGGCCUCCGAUUUCAGGUCGAGGCCUUGGUAGGUCUGCGGGAGCUCUGCGCCGUGCCGGAAGCCGAAAGGAGGAAAGCACUGGAGUCGAUGUUGUCGGUGCUCCAAAAGAUCGUGCAGGCGCCUUGGGAUGUUCGUGCACGGACCUUGAGCUGCAACGAGGAGCCAGGACGGGGCUGCGAUUGGCUCUUCUCCGCCGCCGGUUUCAUCGACGACCUCGACGAGCUCUCCUUGCCCUCGCGGACGGACCCCAGCUGGCUUGUGGAGGAGCUGCUGAAGUUCCAGGAGAAGGACUGGGACCUGUCGGAGGUGGAGCCCCCCGAGGACUUUCCCGAGCACAUGGCCUUGCCGCCAGUGGAGCAGGGCGCUCCGCCCAGGUGCCGGCUCUUCUUGGGGGUGUCCUCCCCCACGAGAGAGCUAGAAGAGCUUAUGCAACAGCUGAAGACGCUGCCGGAGAUGGACAAGAGGACCAGCCACGUGAGACUUCCCAAGACCAUGGGUGGGAAGUGCAUUCCUCAGACUCUGGCCAUGGAGGACUUCAUGAUGGACGAGGUAGGGAUGAAGCCACUGGCGCACAAGUACUUCGUGCAGGGCGUCAAGGCCUUUGAGCUCCCCACGCCUUUGCACGAACAGCCUGAGGAGAAGGAGCUGGUUUACAAAGGAGUGGGCCAAGAUGGCCUGCCCUGCUCCUUCAAGGCAUCGGUGAAGGAGGUGAAGCAGUGGCAAUCCUCAUUCCGCACCUACUACGCGGCGGACAUCUACCAGGGCGAAGAAGGCAAAGACCUUGUGAGCCAAUCCUUACAGGGCAAGUCCGAGGCGGGUGAAGAGGCCUGGAAGAUGAAGUUUGCCAUCAGGUGUAGCAACAACCCAGUGAUCAUGCGCUUCGAUGGGCGGGUGAUUCCACGGGAAGUGCAGGAUGAGGUCUUGACGCGGAUUUGGCUGGUCUCGGUGUGUGGCAUCGACUUUGCCUCGCGCGUGCAUGACCAUGUGGACUUGACCCACUACAUCAAGAACUGGAAGGAGGUCUACAUCUUCGACGAGGACGGGUAUCCCUCUGUGAAGCACGGGAGGGACUUUGAGCUCAGUGGCAAGACGGCGCAGCUGAACGUCACCAAAACACUCUUCGACAUGAAGAAGAUGUGCCGGCUGCGGCUGCGGGCACAGGAUGAUCUAGGCAUCCGGGUGGUGGUGGAGGUCGGCCUGGGCCUGGGCGUCUUCGCCGGCGACGCCAUUGGCAUUGGACACUCCGUGCGGCAGCUCUCAGCCAUGGCUGUGCGAAAAGUCUUGGAGGAGGAAACCUUUAAGCAUAUUUGCCUGGUGGUGCUGUCCUUGCCUAUCUUCUACGAGAAUGACACGUACGACUUCUAUGAGAAGGUCUUCGGUGAGGGCUACGAAGGCAACGUCCCGGUACUGCUGAUGGACCAGGAGCUGCGGAGCGCAGACAUGCACGCCAUCGCCGUGUGCGCGGCGAAGCGCGGCUUCACGGUGGGUGAGCUGAACCCCGCGGACUCCCACGGCGUCUUCGGGGAGUAUUGGCAGAACUUUGGUCCUGGGACAGAGGAGCGGGACGACGGAGAGGCUGUGAACCCCUGCGUCACGGACAAGAAGAACUACGUCGCGCUUGAUGUUCCCGAGCCAACUCUGAAGCACAUCGCCAAGAACCAAGCUGGAAGGGCGACUCACGAGCUGCGCAACGGAGCCAGGGAGCAGACGAUCCUGGUUGAACUGCGGGAGAAGGCUGAUGCUUUGCGGAUCGGAUGCUGCAGUAUGAUCCUCUUAGGCGCCCUGGGCGGAGGCCGGAGCACAGUGGAUGAACAGAUGGAAGCGGUCUCAGUUCUUUUCGCGCUUUGCACCACCCGUGGGUCCACUCCAUUGGGCCUGGCCUAUGUGGAUCUGGAUGCGCCCAGAAGGACCCUGUGGCUGUCAGAGGUCACGGACCCGGAGUUCCAACACGUGGAUCGUUUGAAGCACCAACUGCUCCAGGGCCCUGGGUGCCCACGCUCCGGGCUAUGCCUCGUGCCCUCGCGCUCGCCUGCAGAGCUGCUCGCGUGCGCAGCAAAGCCCAUAGAGACGCCGAAGCCGCCGGCCGCGCCGCCGGCCGCAGCGGGCGCGGCGCCGGGCGCGGAGCCUUUUCCGGUGGCCACGUUGAAGGCCUCGGACUUCGGCGCGGAGGGAGCUCGACGGCGGCUGGGGGAAGUCUGGCAGAGCCUGGCACAGGGAGGCAACCACAACCCGCGGAGCCUCUUUGCUGCGCUCAACGACAAUGAGCAGAUGCUGCGCGCCGGGGGCGGCCUGCUGAGGUUCUUGGAGCAGAACGGCGCGCUCCUGGGGGAGCUGCAGAAUCACGGGCCUUCCGUGCAGGACAUCCGGCUCUUCUCACCAGACGACACGGUGUUUAUCGAUGCCCAAACCAUGAUGGCUCUCCAGGUCUUUCAGGAGCAGCAGAACUUGUUGAUGAGGGUCUCCAACAAGGCUUCUGAGGGCCUCUCGGUGUAUUCGCUGCUAGAGCCGCUGGUGGCCUCCACUGGUGGCCAGAAGCAGCUGCGCCGCUGGCUCCGGCAGCCCAGUCGGCGGCGUGAGUUGCUGGAGCAGCGGCAGGAGGGGGUGCAGCAGCUCGUGGCCCUUCUGCAGGGCUCCGGCGCCGAGCUGGUGCGGCAGCUGCACCGGGAGUUGCGGAUGACGCAGGAGUUGCCCAAACUCUUGUCGCGCAUGCAUCGAUGCUACAACUUUGACAACAUGGUGGAUUGGCGCUCGUUGGUGACCAGCCUCGGACACAUGUCGACGGCCUUGGAGAUUCUUCAGAAGGCGAGUCGCCUUUGUGAUCAGCCCGUGGCGGCCUUCACAGCAGGCAAGGGCCUGAUGGGUGACAUCUCUGCAGCGGAGCGUGUGCUGCAGCGCGUGGUGGAUUGGGAGCGGCGCCCUUCGCCCGCGGAAGGUGACUUAGAUGCGAGCUUGGUGCACGUGCAGAGCGGCAUCGAUCCCAAGCUGGAUGACUUGCGCCGCCAGUAUGCGCAGCUGGAGCCGCAUUUGUCGAAGAUGGCGGGCUUGGAGAGGCGGCGCCUGAAGAACCGUUCGGAGUCGAUCGUCUUCCACUACUUCCCACAGCUCGGCUUCCAUGCCUCGUUGCCGAACCCCACAGGGGAGGAGAGCCUGGAUGCCUUGCGGGAUGCUGUGCCGUUGCCUGCAGAAGAUUGGCACUUCCAGUUCGCAGGCUACGGGCGGCUCUUCUACAAGUGCGACUUAGCUCGGCGUUUGGACUGCGAAGUGGGCGACCUGGUGGUGGAUGCGCGUGGGGUGGAGCUGGAGAUUCUCAUGCAACUCUUGGAGCGCUUGAGAGCAUUGGAGUCGCGCCUGCGCAGUGCGAGCGAGCUGCUGGCAGAGGUGGACGUGCUCAUGGCCUUUGCUGCAGCUGCACUGCAGUGGAACUGGGUGCGGCCGAAGCUGGUCGAGGACGCGGGGCGUUUGCACAUCGUCAAGGGUCGCCAUCCCCUGGUCGAGGCGACCGCCCCAAAGGCUGCGCACGGCUUCGUGGCCAACAGUACGGAGCUGGGCCUGGAAGAGAAGCGGUCCUAUCGAGUGCAGGUCAUCACUGGGGCCAACCUCUCGGGAAAAUCUGUCUACUUGAAACAGGUUGGCCUUAUCACCUAUCUGGCACACAUAGGGUCCUUUGUGCCGGCGGAGGAGGCGCAGCUGGGUCUUUGCGACUUCAUCUUCUCGCGGAUCCAGAGCUGCGAGACCGCCACCGCACAGAUCUCCUCCUUCGCCUUGGACCUCUCACAGCUCUCGCUGGCGCUGAAGCACGCGACCCGGUCCUCGCUGGUCCUGCUGGACGAGUUCGGCCAGGGCACGCGCGCGGCGGACGGUGUGGCGCUGCUAGGGGCUGCCAUCGAGCAUUUCUGCCGCUGGCGCCAAGGGCCGAAGGUUCUGGUGGCGACACACUUCACAGAGAUUUUUCGCUUGGGCCUCGUCUCUGAAGAGGAAGAGCACCUGCAAGUGAGCCACUUGAGGGUUUUGCCACAGGACUCCGAGUUCGAGUGCGCCUCUUCGAUCGCCUACCUCUAUCAGCUGGUGCCUGGCUGUGCGUCUAAAUCCUUUGGCUUGGAAUGUGCGCGGAAGGCGGGGCUCAGCCCCGAGGUGCUGCAGCGUGCGCAGGAGGUGUUGGACAUGAUUGAGCAGAAGAAACAGGUGCCAGUGAAGGCGCCGGCGGAGCAGCAGCACGCCUUGAAGUGUCGGAAGAUCGUCCAACGGUUCCGCGCGUUGGACUUGGAGAACGAAGAGGAGACCAUGGCCUUCAUGGUGUUUCUGGCAUCGCAAGCAGAGGAGAUGCCCGCGAAGGCGGCGCUGGCUGGGGGAUGA